GAAAGUCUGUAUGGGAUCGACACGUUGAACAGUAAACUUUAUAAUAACAUAAAUAAGUGAAAUUACUAGUAAAUUAUACAUGUAGUAUUUUAUUCAAACUUUUAAAAGUAUUUUACAAAUGGUUUUCCAAAUGGAUGUCAAACUUCUACAUAUAUUCUUGUCAAUACUAGCUACUGCGCAAAUAUUUAAGGGAAUUAUUAAAGCAGACAUUGAUCUUUCUACAGUUAACACAAUGUCAGAUUUUAGAUUGCCCAAAGAUAUUCUGCCUCUCAACUAUGAAGUUUAUAUUGAACCCAAUAUGCAAACCCAAAAUUUUAAGGGAAAAGUUAGUAUAUACCUAAAAAGUAUUACAGAUUCAAAAAAGGUGCAUUUUCAUGCCCACGCUGACUUAUUGAUAGACGUCAAAAAAAUGCAACUUAGCAGAUUAAAAAUGGAAACUAGGACAACAGUCGAAAGCCUUAACAUUUUAAGGGGCGGCCGACUUCCUCGAAAGUCUGUAUUUGUUUUAUACCUAAAAGAUGGCCUUAAAAGGGAAUCUGAAUAUCUUCUAGAAAUUUAUUUUGAAGGAAAUAUUUUAGGAGAUGCGGAAGGACUCUUUAAAGGCUAUUAUACAAAUUCGUCCAAUGAUGGCCAAGAAGUAUAUUUAGCUACAAACUUGAAACCAAACCAUGCACGUCGAGUGUUUCCGUGCUUUGAUGAACCUGGAAUAAAGGUUCCAUUUAAUGUAUCAAUUGCAAGACCUAAGGAAUAUAUAACUCUUUUCAAUACACAACUGCAGCAUACAACUCAGCACCCCACGUUGAAUGGUUACUGGUUGGACUAUUUUUAUAACACUCCACCGAUGUCUACGUAUGCAUUUGGUUUUGUAAUAUCAAAGCUUCAAAUAUCGAAUCAAGUCAAGAUGCUAGAAUCACACACCAUGCCUACAAUAAACAUUUGGAACAAUAAUUUGCCAUCAGUUGUUUUAGUGGACAUCCAAAACAAACUUAACGUUGCACAUACAACAAUACAAAAUUAUUUUAGUACUCCAUUGCCCAGUUCAAAGGUUGAUGUAGUUGCUAUACCUGAUUUACCAUCAGUUCGAUACGUUAGCACAUGGGGUAUACUGAUAUUAAGAGAGUCAGAAAUAUUGAAAUCUGGUGUUUUCACUAUUGCUCGGGAACUUAUUUAUCAGUGGAUUGGUUUAUGGAUAACUCCCUAUUGGUGGACUGACGCCAAUGUGAAUAAAGCGCUAAUCAGUUUUCUAGCAUCAGAAAUCGUGUUUGAAAUAAAUGGCGGCUUAGAGUUCAAUGGCAAAUAUCCCAUGACGAUUCUUUACUCAUUGUACUAUGAGUUAAGCAAAAGGUAUCCCCACUCGCGAAUAACAGGAAUGAAACACGAGUCAAUGACUUUUAAAAUUGAGCUCAUUAUUCGAAUGAUUAAAUUAACCAUAGGAGGGGAAACUUUUAAAAUCGGAAUACAGAGAUUAAUUACUGAUUUUAAAUUUUUAUCGUAUAAUGGCUCUGACCUUUGGAAUGCACUCUCCAAACAAGCAAAAGAAGAUAAUGUGUUGGAUAGUGCCUUAAGUAUAUUGGAUAUUGCAGAGUCUUGGCUAAAGCUGGGCCGCCUGCCACUUAUCACUAUAAAUAGAGACUACAAUUCAGGAACUGCAAAUAUACAGCAAAAAGUGUAUCUUCGGGAAAGGCCUCACGAUGUACCCGAUCAGGAAAAUAUGCUUUGGUGGAUUCCUAUUGUGUUAUCACGGCAAGACACCCUAAGCUUGUUUAAUUAUUAUCCAUAUAUAUGGAUGAAUAAGACAAAUAAUAUCCGAAUUUCAAACAUGCCAAGCAGAAAUAUGUUCGUAAUUGCUAACCCAGAGGAAGUCGGUCCAUUUCCAGUUAACUAUGAUGAACAAAAUUGGAAUAUGUUGUCAAUUUUUCUAAGGACAGAAAUUGAAAGAGAAUCAAUUUCAGUGUAUACAAGAGCAAAGCUACUUCAUGACGCCUGGAAUUUGGCUUAUGCUGGUGAAUUAAACUUUGCAACUGCUCUUAAUAUGACUUUAUUCUUAAAAAAUGAACGAAAUCAUGUAGUAUGGAAUCCAGUAUUCACAUUUAUUGACCAAAUUGGCAGACGUCUUGAAAUGUCGUCAGUUCAUAGAAAAUUUGAGUUGUAUAUUAUAGAACUUUUAGCUCCAUUGUAUGAUAGCUUGGGUCCUGAAAAUAUUAAUGAAGAUAUAUGGAAAACUGACUUGCGAGAAUUGACCAAAAGAUUUUUGUGCCGUUCGGGCUAUCUUCCAUGUAUUCAGGCUUCACAAAGAGCGUUUAAAGUUUGGGUAAACAGUUCUAAUCCAAACCAUGAAAAUCCUGUGCCUAACGAGUAUAUAUGUCCAGUGUUUAAGUGGGGCUCUAUGAAGGAAUGGAUGUUUGGAUUGGAACGAAUAAGUCAGUUUCCAAAACUGCGUCUUCAAAGUGAUCGAACAUUUUUAUUAAAAAUGCUAGCCGGAUGUCCAGCACAGCGAGAAAAAAUUUAUCAUCUACUCGAAUUGGCGAUUUUAAAAAAUAUAUCUUUUUUUUCCGACAACGAUAAAAUCUUAAUUAUUAACAUGGUUACCACUCGAUCUAUCGGUUACACAACACUUUUGGACUUCCUUUCAAUCAAUUGGGCUUACGUACAUCAAAAGUUUCAAAAUACAUCUCUUUGGGUGAAGCUAAUUACAUCUGCGACAGGAAUGUUUUCUACUCAAGAAGGAUACGAUAUGGCCAAAACAUUCUAUGAUAAACACAAUGGACAGUUUGGCAGUGCACAGCACCUUAUAGAGAGAUCACUGCGAAAUAUCAAAGACGAAGUCCGUUGGAGUGAACAAAAUUUGCCCGUCAUAGAACAGUGGAUUGACAAUUUUUUGACUCACACCCAAAAGACAAAUGCUUAAUUGCAUUUACAGAAUAUAUCCAAUGUAAUGUUU